GAAACGAAUCUAGCAUCCAAAGAUAGUCACUGGGUGUAUGCCAAUGAGGAGGUUAGUGACACAGAGAUCAUGGAGCUUGUCCACAGCGCUCUAGGCCGGAUGACAGUGAUCCGGCAGAUCUUCCCCCUGUGGAGAGACACCAACAUCCGCUGCAUGAGGAACAACCAUCGCAUCUCCUCGCUGCUUUGCGACCCACAGGAAGGGUACCUGCAGUCUCUUGAGGUGUCUAGCCUGUACCUGUACGACAGUGUGCUGAUGUUGGCCAAUGCCUUCUACCGGAAGUUAGAGGACAGGAAAUGGCACAGCAUGGCUAGUCUGAACUGCAUGAGGAAGUCAACCAAGCCCUGGAAUGGAGGCUGGUCCAUGUUAGACACAAUCCAAAAGGGGCGGAUUUCUGGGCUAACUGGUUUAAUGGACUUUCGAAGCAAUGGAGCAAACUCUCAUGUCCAGUUUGAGAUCCUGGGGACAAGUUACAGUGAGACUUUUGGAAAAGAUGUGAAGCGGAUUGGGAAACCAAGCAUCUUUUACAAGAUGGAUCUGUUCCCAGUCCUGCACACCCCAGAGCAGUUUCGCUCAGCACCCUAA